AUCGCUUGCACUCCAUUAGUACACAGCAACCGUCUCUUCUGUUAAAGUCUAAAUACUUAGAUAGGGCCAUCCGUCAUACUAGUCCAAGAAGACGACGAAGAGGAGGCAAUAUGUAUGCAGAAUUCGACCGCUCUUCUCCGCUGAAAAUAGAUGCCACCGUCCAGUGUCUCUCCUGGAAGGGUACCGGGCAGUAUGGCUGGCUAGCGCUCGGGAAUACCUCCAACACAGUCGGUGUUACAUUCACCUCGCUCAAUGAUGGAGAGGACGAAAGCCCCAGGAUGACAGACACGGAGUCUUCAAACGACCCCCAGCCCGAGCUGACUCUGGCUAGGCAGGGAAUGAGAAGGAACUUCAACUUUCGUGAGCACUCGCAUGAGGUUACCAUAGUGAGGUGGAACCCACUACUAGACAAAAUUGCUACGUGUGAUUCCUCAGGGACCGUCAUAGUUUGGAGGAAUCACAAUGGACGCUCCGUCAUGGAGCUGGUCAAUAAUCGAGGGAGCAAGAUCAGUGACUUCCAAUGGAGUAAUGACGGCUCCAAAGUUCUCAUUACAUACGUUGAUGGUUAUGUUCUCGUGGGCACCGCCUUUGGUCGAAGGAUUUGGGCAAGGCAACUCAACAUCGGGUCGUUUGUGACCACACCCUCCAAUCACAUGCAACCAUCUCAUCUUCUAAGCUCCACCUGGAGUCCAGACGAUACUCGUAUUGUUGUCGGUAGUAGCAUAGGAGAACUGAUAGAACUGGACGCAUUUAGUAAUGGAUCUCUUGUGUCUACAACUGAAGUACUGCCAGGGAUUGGUAUAAUAGGCCUACAGUGGGUACGUAUACCAGGAGGAGAGACAGAGAAGACAAAAGUGAUGUCCUCCUCGCGUAUCUUGGAAGACAACGAAGAGAAACAGAACGUCCGUCUCUCAUUGUAUCUCCGUAAUGGCAAAGUGGUCCUCAUGAACUCGUGUGGCGAUCAGCAAGCGACCAUCAUCAGGACAGGACUCAUGGAUGGGAAGAUGCUCUGGAGUCAAGAUGGAUCCAUUCUAGCUGUCUCUGGCCUUAGGAAGAGCCAAGGAGUGUCCACAGUUCGCUUCUUCCAACCCUCUGGACAAUUAUUGUUCACUCUACCUCUGAACACAAAGGAUCCAGUCACAGCUUUAACUUGGGCACACGAGAACACCAAACUAUUUGUCGCGACCACUUCAGUCCUUCACACGGUCAACAUAUCCCGCCACAUACCCUCCUUACAGGAUCUUGCCAAAUCUGUCAUCUCCUCAAGCUUAAGUGGCAAAGAUUCCAGCUUUGACUUGGUAUUGCCCACUCGCUUCAAAUUUGGCAUUGCUAGCAUGUUCUCUUCCAUUAUCAAGGGUCAUGUUCCUGUUGACAAUAAUUUACUUGAUUAUGUAUCUCGCCCACCUCCUCCUUCUCAUCGCAUAUACUGUACACUCAUCCCGUCAUCUUCAUCAUCUCCUCCCUCCUCCUCCUCCUCCUCUCAAAGAAGCAGUAGACACCCAUCACAAUACACACUCUACGUCGAGCACUUAGGCACUCUAAUCCCAAUACUCGAAGCAACAAGACGAAACAGUAAAAUAAGACCAAGUUUCACGAUCUCCCUACCUUCCUCGUCCUUUCUCUCCACCUCCGAGAACCUCCCUCCUUCGUCUCGAUCGCCACCCGAAGCUCCUCCCCACGAAUCGAAUCUAGAGCUAGGGGAGAACAGCGGAGGGACCCAUUCUCCUCUGAGGUGUGUCAACGCUGACAAUCAUCCUGACACACACAACUCCCUCAAUACAGAGUCUGGUGGGAUACAGCUCGCCUGUAGAGAGGACGAAGGCGAAACCCCUCGCUCCGUCAGCAGGAGCACUUCGGACGGGAACUCCUCUCAUAGCGACACUGUCAUAUCGUCAAGACAUCUUGCCGAGGUCAGCUCCCAUAUCAUAGCAUCAAAGUUCCGCAUUCAAAGCAUCAACCCACUCCUCCCCCUCGAUCAGGGGACUAUCAUUAUAAAGACGUCAUUCCUGCACAUCCAGCCACGUAAAGUCAUAGUCCACUUGCCUGCCGUCGAAGAAGACUCCGGCAUCGAUUCCGAGACCGAGGACUCCCACGAAGAGAGCGGGUCCGGCCGCCGAGAGGUUUUCAGGGACGCCGAUUUGUCCCUUGAUAGCCUUAGCUCUUUAGAGGAGCUGAGAGACACUGCUAGUCCUCCUAGAGCUAACGAAUCGUCCACUGGUAAUAAGAACAACAUGUCUUCAGUCACUUCUGUAUCAAAUGCUAACAAUACUUGCUCAUCAUCGCCCACCACCGCCUCCACUAGUGAGAGCCCUGUCAUUAUUCACAGCAAGACCCCAACAUGGAACGAACAGCACAUGAUCUAUCAGUUGGACUUUGGUGGACGCGUGACCACCAAAUCUGCCAAGAACUUUCAACUCGAAAUGGGAUCAGAGCAGAUUCUACAAUUUGGAAGAAUAGAGAAUGGCAGUUUUAUACUUGAUUUCCAGGCACCUUUCACUCCAAUACAAGCAUUUGCAACUGCCCUAGCUAAUCUUGUUUAAAUGUUUUUUAAUCACAGCUCCUCUCUCUCUCUCUCUCUUCUCUUCACCAUUAUUAUUAUUAUUAUUAUUAUUAUUAUUAUUAAAAGCCAAUCACAUCUUUAUAUUGUAAACGACAACUCUUAUUCACUACAUAGUCACUGUGUUUUUGUUAUUUUUUUGUAUCUACUUGCUCGCUCGCUCUCUCUCUCUCUCUCUCUCUCUCUCUCCUUCUUGCUCUCAAAUCAACCACAUUACACACAAUAUUCAUUAUUAUUAUUAUUAUUAUUUUUCUCUCUCAUUGUAAAUCCAGAUUAUUAUUAUUAUUAUGUUUAACAACACAGGUUUGACAAAAUAAAAUCAUGACCUGAUGAAAAUUAAAAGUCAAAAAGAAAUCCACGCACAUUCCCUCUACAUUACAGUCAUUUAAAAUUCAAAGACAUUUAAGUUCAA